AUGUCGUCCAACGCCCGCGCCCAGGACCGCACCGUCUUGGGCCAAGAAUACACCCAGAAUGUCAUUGACGCCAUGGGACCCCAGACCAACCCCCGACUGCGGGAGGUCAUGACGGGCCUCAUCAAGCACGUCCACGACUUUGCGCGAGAGGUGCGGCUCACCACAGACGAGUGGCUGGCGGGCGUCGAGAUGAUCAACGAGGCGGGCCGGAUGAGCAACGACCGGCGAAACGAGGGCCAGCUGCUCUUCGACGUCAUCGGCCUAGAAUCGCUCGUCGACGACAUCACCGUCGCCGCCGCCACCGCCAACGGCACCAACGGCCUCACGGCGUCGGCAAUCCUCGGGCCCUUCUGGCGCCAGGACACGCCGCACCGGGAAAACGGCACCACCAUCUCCUUCGAAACGCCGUCAGACGGGCAGGUCGUCUACAUGUACGGCAAGGUGACGGACGUGGCGACGGGGAAGCCGCUGCAGAAUGCGUCGGUGGACGUUUGGCAGGCAUCCACCAACGGCCUCUACGAGCAGCAGGAUCCCAAUCAGAGGGAGCACAACCUCCGCGGCGUCUUUCACACCGACGCCGACGGCAACUACUCCUUUUACUGCCUCCGGCCAACUCCUUAUCCGGUUCCCCAGGACGGACCUGCGGGAAAGCUGCUCGGCAUGAUGGAUCGCCAAGUCUUUCGCCCGGCUCACAUUCACCUCAUGGUCCAACACGACGGCCACAAGUCUCUGACUACCCAAAUCUUCGACAAGGACUGCAAGUACCUUGACAACGACUCGGUGUUUGCCGUUAAGAAAGAGCUGAGUGUGGAGUUUGUGCCGCGAAAGGGCGAUGCCCAAGCUUCUCUCGAGUUGGAGUACAACAUCACGCUGGCAAAGACCUCGUGA